AUGAUAGGCUCAUACUAUAAUUUCAGUUUCUAUCUUCCUAUCGCUCUUCUUCUCUUCUCCUAUGCAAAGUUAUUAAGCACUUCUGCAUCUCUAACACCGGACCUGUGCGAUCCAGAUGAAAGAGUUUUGCUUCUCAAGCUGAAGGCUGAGUUCAAAAUUUGGAAGUCUGGUGAGUUUAACGACUACUUUGGUGACUCUGUGACAAUUUAUGAUGACACGGUGGUGAACGUUAAGUCUUACCCAAAGACCAAAUCAUGGGGGAAUAGCACGGAGUGUUGUAGUUGGAAAGGUGUCACAUGCCAUACAAAGUCAGGAAAGGUAAUUGGUCUCGAUCUAAGUUGCAGCUAUCUUUAUGGCCGUCUCGAACCGAAUUCCAGUUUGUUUAGACUGAUACAUCUCAAAACUUUGAACCUUGCUUGCAAUAAUUUCACUUUUUCUCCAAUCCCUCAUAAGUUCAACAAUCUCAUGUUGCUAGAAACACUAAAUCUCUCUGGAUCUUCAUUGAAAGGUCCAAUACCAACAGAAAUUCUCCAACUCACCAAUUUGGUGUCUCUCGAUCUUUCUUCUUUUUCCUAUAUUUCUUAUCUUUUACCUCCUCCAAGUUGGCUGUUCAUUGAAAACCCACCAUAUUUUCUCCAUCUACUUGCUAGUAACCUUAAGAACCUUAGAGCCUUGGAUAUGAGCUUUGUAAACAUAUCUUCAAAAAUCCCCCACGAGUUUUCAAAGAUGCAAUCUCUGAGAUGGCUACAUCUUCAGAACUGCUACCUGGAUGGAGAAUUUCCAAGCAGUAUUUUUCUGAUACCAAACUUACAGUCCAUUAUCCUGAGUCACAACCCAAAUCUGAGAGGCAAACUUCCUGUUUUUCGUAGAAACAACUCUAUGAAAGUCAUGGAGUUUUUUAUGACAUCUUUCUCAAGUGUCAUACCUGAUUCCAUCGGCAACCUUAAACAUUUAGUUUCUUUGACACUUGAUUCGUAAACUACUCAGGCUCUCUCUUUAACUGGUGAAAUCCCAUCUUCCAUUGGCAAUCUAAAACAGUUGAUCACGUUUGAGGUUGCCAAUAAUCACCUCACCGGAAACAUUCCAUCUGCAAUCUUCAACUUAACCAAACUACUCAGGCUCUCUCUCGAUUCAAACCACUUCAUAGGUUCCCUCUCACCUAACAUUGGGCAACUCUCCGAACUGGUAGCCGUUGUUGCCCAUGAUAAUCUUUUUACUGGAGCAGUUCCUUCAUCCUUGUUCCAAAUCUCUUCAUUGGAAGAAAUUGAUUUGGAGAAUAACCAACUCAGUGAUCUGGUUGGAUUCGAGAAUUUUUCUCUGUUAUCCAAUUUAGAAUAUCUCUACCUUGGGUCUAACAAUUUCAGAGACAAUAGUCCAGUUGACUUAAAUGUCUUCUCUUCUCUCAAGAAGCUAGUACGGCUAGAUCUUUCGGGCAUCCCUCUUUCAACAUCAAACAUCACUUCAGAUUCUGAUUUUUCAUCAAAUUUCGAGUUUUUGUUCUUGUCAAGCUGCAACAUCACUGAGUUUCCUGAUUUCAUAAGAGACCAGAGAAAUCUAAUGUCUAUAUACCUUUCCAACAACAACAUCAAAGGUCAAGUACCAGACUGGUUAUGGAGAUUACAAGAGCUGCGAUAUCUGGAUCUUCAUAACAAUGGUCUCAUCGGAAGUCUUCCUCACAUGUGCAUGCAUGCCAAGCAUUUAAGGGUCAUUGACGUCAGCCACAACCUAUUGGAGGGAAAGCUUCUUCCAUCUCUAACCAGUUGUUCUCGUCUGGAAGUUCUUAACUUGGAGAGUAAUGCUAUCAACGACACAUUCCCGUUCCACUUGAAUUCCUUGCAGAGCCUAGAAGUUCUUGUCCUCCGAUCCAACAAGUUUCAUGGCAUGUUGCAUCACUCCAAUGGGGGGGCUUGGUUCGGGUUUCCUGCCUUGAAAAUCAUUGAUGUAUCACAUAACGAUUUCCACGGUACCAUACCAUCUGAUUACUUCCUCAACUGGACUGCAAUAUCCACGAAUGAAGAUAAUUCUACGCAACCGGAAUACAUCGAGGUUCUCUUCAACUACGUUUCUGUUAUGUUGAUGAGUAAAGGAGUAUCAAUGGCAAUGGAACGUGUCCUCACAAUCUACACAAUCAUUGAUUUUUCUGGAAACAGAAUCCAUGGACAAGUUCCUGAAUCCAUUGGACUCUUGCAGGGACUCUAUGUUCUCAAUCUGUCAAGAAAUGCUUUCACAGGACACAUCCCAUCUUCUUUGGCAAACCUUACUGCACUGGAAUCACUGGACCUAUCCCAAAACAAGCUUUCUGGUGAGAUCCCUCCACAGCUAGGGGACCUCUCGUCUCUUGAGUGGAUCAACGUUUCACAUAACCAGCUCGUAGGUUCAAUACCACAAGGUACACAGUUCCAGCGACAAAACUGCUCUUCCUAUGAGGGAAACCCUGGACUUUAUGGUCCUUCCCUUAAGCCUGUUUGUGGAGAUCCAACAUCGCCAGAAACUGAACCACCAGUGCCCGAAGAAGAAGACGAAGACGAAGAAGUGGAAAGGUUGAGUUGGGUAGCAGCAGGGUUCGGCUUUGCACCUGGAAUUAUAAUUGGAGUAACCAUCGGAUACAUCCUGAGGAAUCUUGGCAGAAGAAGGCACUGAAGCACUCGUUAGCUUCAUCCAUCUCAUUGCUGUUCUGUUCAAUAAAAUUAUUGCAUUUUAGUAUCAUGGUAUUUUUGUUGUAUUGCAAGGACACUAGUGAUAUAUAAAACUUUUAUCUAUAAUAUUUGAAUUAGCAAAACAAGAAUCAUGUCUACACCUCUCCCUAACUUGGUCAGAGCUUGGCUCAGCCGCCACUAGAGCCCAACUGUUAUGACACACACAAGAAACAGAACAAGAGCCCCCCAAGAUUUCAAAGGCCCCGGAGAAAUCAGCUGAUACGCUUGGGCCAAAGGAAGAAUCAGAUACUGCUGACGUGGCUAGUCCUUUAAAGGCAAGAUAUGAAGGGAAGGAAGGAGCAAAGAGUCGAAUGGAGAAAGAGUCUUUGGCAGUUAUGAUAGUUGAAUAAAUACUCUGUAUUGUGGUUGGAGAAGACUAUCGAAGAUCAGAAGUGAGUGAGACGAGAGUCUUGAGGCGAUCUCUUAGGAGAUUCGUAUGCGAGUAACGAUGUAUUCAUGUGUGAGGAUCAUCGUUAUCUCUUGAGGCUUAGAUAAUCUGUAAUCGACAUUGUUACGAGGUUUACAAGU